GACCCUAAAAUGGGUUCAAAUUGUCAUCCCUAUUUUUGCUCACCAUCUCUUUCGUUUAUUGAAUUCAAUUCGGAGUAGCUCUUGGAAGGAGAAGAAAGCAAGGAACGACAAGUCGUUUAAGCUCCACUAUCUCAUUUUUUUCACUUUAGAUCCACCAUGGCGCCUGUCGGUCCAAGAUCCGGUGAUGCAAUCUUCGCCAACAUGGAACGCGUGAAUGCUGAGCUUUUUACGCUAACUUAUGGCGCGACUGUGCGUCAGUUACUCACGGAUCUGGAAGAGGUUGAAGAAGUUAACAAACAGCUUGAUCAAAUGGGCUACAAUAUUGGAAUUCGAUUAAUUGACGAGUUUCUUGCAAAAUCUAAUAUCUCUAGAUGCGUUGAUUUUAAGGAGACUGCUGAAGUGAUUGCAAAGGUGGGUUUCAAAAUGUUCUUAGGGGUUACUGCAUCAGUGACCAACUGGGAUGCUGAUGGGACAUGUUGCAGUAUAAUUUUGGAAGAUAAUCCCCUGGUGGAUUUUGUUGAGCUUCCUGAUACCUUUCAAGGUCUUUACUAUUGCAAUAUAUUGAGUGGAGUCAUUAGAGGAGCACUGGAGAUGGUGUCAAUGAAGACUGAAGUCACUUGGAUCCGCGAUGUGCUUCGAGGGGACGAUGCAUUUGAGCUGCAGGUUAAACUCGUGAAGCAAGUUCCCGAGGAGUACCCUUACAAGGAUGAUGAGUAACCUACUUCCUUUGCACAUGAUUUCUAGACUGAAUUUAUUCAUGUACUUCCACUUGAAGAUAGCAAUUUAGAAGCUUGUCUUCUUACAAACACUGUUAUCUGAAACUCCGAAUAGAUUUUCUUUGCCCUA